AUGGCACCCGCGCGCGAUGAAAAGUUCCUACCAGAGGUUUGGAGUCUUUACUCAGUUGGUGCAUUAUGGCUUGUUAUUAGGUUCGCAGUGCGCCUUCGUACUGUUGGAGUAACGGGGCUGCAACUUGAUGAUGGCUUCGCGUUCAUUGCACUGUUCGCCUGGACCUACACGUGCGCCGUAACAGAAAUAAUGUAUCACACUGGAACGAAUGCCGACUACUCUGCAGCUGAGAUAGCUCUAUUCGACGAUGACAAGUUUGCAGAAGUAGAGUUUUCAAGCAAACUCUUCCUAGGCUCUUGGUACGCCUACAUCGUUCUAAUCUUUAGUCUCAAAGGUGUCGUCGUAAUGCUCUACCGGCGAAUAUUCCUGGAGCUCUGGCAAGUGUACAUGCUACGGUUCACUAUAUGUCUAUGCUUGUCAGGAUUCACGGCCACCACACUGGCUUUGAGCCUCUCAUGCCUGCCAUACCACCAAAGAUGGCAGUUAGUUCCACAUCCACCUCUGGUAUGCACCGCGUCACCGAAAAUACUCAUUCUUGCAAGCUGUCUUAACGCUACGACAGAUAUUUUUUUGCUUAGUAUACCGGUUCCGCUUCUUUGGCAGUUAAGCAAGCCUCUGUAUAUUCGGCUUAGUAUUUUUGUCCUUUUGGCCUCUGGUCUCUUCGUUCUCGCAGCAUGUAUAACUCGUGUAUCACUCACUGUCGUACCCAACAUAUUUGUUCUUAAUAUUGCGCGCUGGGGUAUACGAGAGUUCUGCAUCGCCAUUGUUGCUGUUAACAGUGCCUGUCUGCAACCUCUAUUCCACAGAUCGUUCUGGGCCAUUCGAGGACCUCAUCCAGCAAACCGGAGUAAUAGAAACUACGUCUUCGCAUCUGCACAGCGCGCCCGUCAACGCUUUACGAAAGCGAGGAACCGCAGCCAUAUUCUAGACUCUAUAUCUGCAGACGUAUCCAUCAGCAAUGCAUCUAUGAAACACGCAACUAUGAAACAAGAAUAUGUGGGCAAGAUCAAUGUCUCGGAGGAUCCAAGACAUGGAAUGAUUUCGAACCAACCACGAAAUGAUCAGAACAGCAGUGGAAUGGAAAAUGUAUCAGCCAUUAAGGGCUUAGAAGAGCUUGAUAUAGAAAAAGGCGAAGCAUCGCUGGCAAGACAGCCUGAACAGACAGUGGUAGGUUGCUAUUCGGAAGAUUUAGGGUGA